AUGAAAAAGAAAUGUCCGUACUGCAUGUCCAAGAGAAUAACGGCUCUCACGGGGACAGUGUACUGCCAAGAGUGCCAGUCGUAUUUCAGAAUGGCAGGCGAUGAGCUAGUUCCUAUUUUCAUAGAGAACAGAGAGGUGUACAGAAAGUAUCAGAAGACAGAAGAGAGAAGAAUCUUGUGCGCAGUCUGCCAAGAGAGAAACGAAAUGGAAAAUGAAAAAAAAAGAGCAGAGGAGGAGCAAUGGCUGAAACUCAACAAAGACCAAAUAAAACAGAAGAGCACACACGAAAGCACAAGCCAUCUGUGCAGAGCGUGUGUGGAGAGAGUGAAUGAAAAGCUGGAAAAAGACAGAGAGAAGUAUUACGAGCCGUACAGAAAGUUCAUACAAAGAAAAAGAAUAGUCGGAUUCCUCGUUUUUAUUAUCGCCGUAGCCAUAUCAAAACUAACUGGUGGCGUGGUGGGGAGUGCAGUUCUAUCGCUGUUUAUGAUAAGAGAGAUAAGAACCCUGGAGAGUGUGGUAGCUAGCCUGGUAUUUUGUGCUCUAUCGUGCUAUAGCCCGUAUUUUGUUGUUUUGUUUGGAGCCAUCAUGCUGUACUCUAUUUUUAUGAAAAGAAGGUGUAAAGAAAUCAUUUACUUACGGUUUAAUAUUGAUGUAGAGAAAAUGCAGAGAGAAAUACUCAGAAAAGUAAAGGUGCUGAGAAUAGGCAGCGAGCGAGAGAAAGAGCCAGAGAUGGAAGACAGAAGAAGCUUCUUGCACGCAGCAUACAACUCACAUGUAAAAAAGAAUGAAGAAGUAGCAGAAAUUGCCAAAGGAAUAGCAGAUCUCAAAAUAAAAGACACCUGGUACGGAAAAGUAGAUAAAAUGGUAGAGUGGCUCGCUAACACAUAG